CUGCGAAGUAGUUGCGGUGCGUGAAACAAGUCGGGCAGGGGACGAUCGUUUUCACAACUGAUUUUCGUCUGUCCGAGUCUGGAUUCUUCAAUGAGGUCGUCUAGUCACUUGUAGCGGCUUGGGGAGAAGAUUGAUCUGAGCGCUACCGGGAAAACUACUUGAGUUUUCUCUUCCAGUCGGGACUGAAAAUGAAAUUCUGGAUUUUUGCACUCGUUGUCAUCACGGCAUUAGAAGCAACACACGGGGGGAUCACAGGAGAAGCUUGUAAUGGGCUGGACUGCAGUGGAGGAUGCAUCUGUAACCCAGAGAAAGGCAGCCGGGGUCGUCCAGGGGCCCUUGGACCUGUUGGACCCAGUGGACCAGAGGGUAUCUCAGGCAGCUAUGGACCUAGAGGGCCCAAAGGUGAGGGGGGUAAUAUCGGAAUAAAGGGCCCCUCUGGGCUGAAAGGAGACAAGGGGCCCAUGGGUGUACCCGGGUUCCCAGGAAAUGACGGAGUCCCUGGUCACCCUGGGGCCGGCGGAGGCAGGGGUCUGGCAGGGCCUGAUGGUUGCAAUGGGACCCAGGGAGACCCAGGCCCCAGAUCGCUAGAUGGAGGAAUUCCUGGAUCUCCUGGGCUGGAUGGGCCUUUUGGUCCUAAAGGUCAGAAGGGAGAGCCUGUUUACAUUGGAUUCAAUGGGGGAAGUCCUGGUUUGCCUGGGCUGGACGGUGUACCUGGUCCUAGAGGUCCAGGAGGAAGUUCCGGUCUCAUUGGCCCCAGAGGUCCGGAAGGAUUCCCUGGUCCUCCAGGCCUCCCCGGCCCCCCCGGCCCUGUAGGAAGCAACAGCCUAGGGUUCCAGGGAGAGCCAGGAGACAAGGGCGACGCGGGUCAGGCCGGAGCCCAAGGCCCGCCCGGCAGCGAGUCGUACGUAAGCGGCGGCAUAACAACCGCUGUCUACAAAGGAGAUAAGGGCGAUGUGGGCCCGCCAGGAGACCCAGGCACGCCCCUUGUCAAUGGAGUGGUGGAGUUUGUGGGCUUUCCCAAAGGAGACAAAGGACCCAAGGGAGAGAUAGGUUACAAAGGAUUGCGUGGAUUCCCUGGUUUUCCCGGAGCUCCUGGUCCUUCCGGUUUUCCUGGUGAAGAUGGAGAAAAGGGCAUUCUGGGGUAUCCAGGGGGACGGGGUCCUCCUGGUUUCAAUGGACCGCCCGGCCCUCCAGGAAGACAGGGAUUUACAGGAAGUCCAGGAUUACCUGCGCAACCAGGGUACAGGGGACCUAAGGGCGACCAGGGUGAUAGGGGGCCUCCUGGUCCCCCCAUCUACACUGGCGGACAAGAGGUGGUUGUUCAAGGACCACCAGGUGACAACGGUUUAGAUGGCUUACCUGGCCCCCCAGGUGACCUGGGUGUCCCAGGGAUUCCAGGAUCCCCAGGACCACAAGGACCACGUAGUGAUGGCGAUGGUCGUGAAGGCAGCCUAGGGCUCCCGGGAUCCCAAGGGCCAAAGGGAGAGAGGGGCAACCCAGGGAGACAGGCCUACGGCAUAGAGGGUCAACCAGGAAGACCAGGCUUACCUGGACCACCUGGAACUCCCGGACCUCCCGGACCUUCCGGGUCACCUCUUAUCGUAGAUUUUUUCAACGAAGUAUCAGGACCGCCAGGACCACCAGGAGGUCAAGGACCACCUGGAGCUCGAGGAUAUAAGGGACGCAAAGGGGAGCUGGGUGACUGUCAAUGCCUCGGAGGAGGCGCCUUGGGUGAGAUUGGACCCCCGGGUCCUCCCGGGUCUGAUGGAAGACCUGGGGGGUCAGGAAGGCAAGGCGAGAACGGAGACCGUGGCUCAUCUGGGUUUGGAGGACAGCAGGGAACACCUGGUCGUCCAGGCGAGAGGGGUUUCUUUGGGCGUAAAGGCGAGAAGGGUUCUCCUUACUACCCAAGAUUCAGCCAGGCGAUCAAGGGUGAAAUGGGGUCCCGGGGCCCUCAAGGCCCCCCUGGAGAAAUGGGCCGAUCCGGGAGAGAUGGACUGCCUGGUUUCCCAGGACAACCUGGGCCUCCUGCUGAUGAUUUUGGUUAUGGAAUUGUCGGGGACAAAGGAUUCCCAGGAUUCCCAGGGCCAAAAGGUCGUGUCGGUGAACCUGGAGAGAACGGGAUUGGCUACCAGGGUACCAUCGGUACCCGUGGGUUUCCGGGCGAUACAGGGCCUUCUGGUUUACCGGGCGCACCGGGGUCACGUGGCCCUAAAGGUGACAGCUGUGGGCAGGAGGGGGUUAAUGAUGCGGAGGGAGGCUUGACACUACCUUGUCGUCUCCCCGGCGAGGACGGAGAUCCUGGCAGCCGAGGAACACCUGGGAGACCAGGGCCUAAGGGCCAGGCAGGUUUCCCAGGUAGUCCCGGCCAGCGAGGCUUUGAUGGAGUGAAGGGAGAGAGAGGAGGCCCUGGCUUUGGAGGUCUGCCCGGACCACAAGGUUUUCCUGGCCCCAGAGGAGACGCGGGGGUCCCAGGUAUUUCAGGCGAGGGCCGUCCAGGGGCCCCAGGAAAGAAUGGGCUCCCAGGACGGCCAGGGGAAAGGGGGAAGCGGGGAGAGGUGCUGGGUGCUUCACCAGGGCCACCUGGAUUGCCUGGAUUCCAAGCAGAACCAGGGGCCAAGGGACAGCCAGGAACAACAGGACUGUCUGGAGAACAAGGUAUUGAUGGCCGCUUCGGAAUUCCCGGAGCCAAGGGCGAGCGUGGCACAGAUGGUUACGCUGGAAUAUCAGGUCCUCCUGGAUUUCCUGGAGACAACAUAGGGGGUGGAUUACCCGGUCCUCCUGGACCAGCUGGAAGCAGAGGACCAUCUGGACCUCUAGGCUGUCAAGGCUACCCUGGCACAAAGGGAUUCCGAGGCGACCCAGGCUUUCCAGGCCUUGCUGGGUUCAAGGGAAAACCAGGGAUACCAGGAGCCAAUGGCCCUCCAGGACUUAGGGGUGUUCCAGGACCACCCGGUCCUGGGGGAAGGGAAGGUUUCCCUGGGGGACCAGGAAGAAAAGGUGAAAGUGGUUCGCCCGGAUUGGUGGGUUUCCCAGGAAUGCCAGGUAACCCUGGAAGGCCUGGUAGUCAAGGAGUAAAAGGGGCUCCGGGAUUCUCAGGAAGAGAUGGCCGACCUGGAGAACUUGGAGUGACAGGACUUAAAGGUGACAGAGGUUACCCUGGUCGCCCUGGGGAACGUUCCCCGCCCCCCAGUCCUCUGAACCUGGUGAAUGGACAGAAGGGUGACAAUGGUCCGAACAGUCUUGCUGGUUUCCCUGGACCUAGAGGUGAAAAGGGUUUCCCGGGGCAGCCUGGCCGUCAGGGAUUGCCUGGGCUUCCUGGUUAUUCUGACAGGGCUAAAGGAGUGCCAGGAAGUCCCGGUAUCACGGGACGCCCAGCCGGGCCAGGCUCACCAGGGCCUAGCGGAUCUCCCGGUAUCAUCGGCUUCCCAGGAAUGCCUGGACCUAGGGGUGACGAUGGCGAACCUGGUUUCCCUGGCAACUUCGGAGUCCCUGGUCAGCCAGGAGUUAAAGGAGUGAGAGGUGAAUCCACUGGCUUUUCCGGGCGUCCCGGAAAUAAAGGUGAGACCGGAAGCCACGGUUACCCAGGUGUCUCAGGUGUUAAAGGUGAUCCUGGCGACAGUGGGCAACAAGGCAGCCGUGGAUUCAGUGGAAAGAAGGGAGAACAGGGAGAUCCAGGAAGACCCGGACUCACAGGCACCCCUGGUUUCACUGGGCCUAAGGGUCUGAAUGGAUACCCAGGAGAAAGGGGUCGAGAAGGAUCAACAGGCCGUCCGGGCUCCACUGGGUUACCUGGAGUUAAAGGUGUGCCGGGAUUUCCUGGUCUUAAUGGGCUCAAUGGACUGGCCGGGCCCAAGGGUCUACCAGGAAACCCAGGUUACAGUGAGGGGGGUCGCACUGGCGCCCCUGGAGCAGAUGGUCUAAAGGGAGAGAGAGGCUCUUUCAUCCCAGGGGUACCUGGAUACAACGGAGUAAAGGGAACUAAAGGAGAGUCAGGGAUUCCUGGUACAACAGGCUUCCCCGGUCCGCCUGGUCCUCGUGGGGAGACAACCAGUUCGAACAUCCCUGGGGCUCUGGGAAACCCUGGACUGCCUGGGCUGGAUGGAGAAUCUGGUUACCGUGGUCCUCCUGGCCCAGCAGGCCCACCGGGGCCCGGUACAAUCCAAGGAGACAGAGGUGACUCCGGCCUGUCUGGCUUCCCUGGAACCCCUGGUAAUCGCGGAGAUCCCGGAGUUUCCGGUAGCCCUGGGCGGGAUGGCAGCCCUGGAUUUCAAGGUGAGAAAGGUACCCCUGGGUACAGUGGAUCCCCGGGACAGAAGGGCUUCCCUGGAGACAAGGGAUACUAUGGAGGAAAAGGACCCAAGGGCUCAAAAGGUUUUCCUGGGAGGAAGGGACUCCCUGGUUCACUCUACCCCUUCCCAGGUCCUGAGAACUUGGGCACUGGCGACGAGGGUGAGCCUGGGUCCAACGGACUUUCAGGGUCCAUAGGAGGACCAGGUAGUCCUGGCCGAACUGGCAGAGUUGGUCCUAAAGGACGUCCUGGCCCCGUUGGGAAGCUGGGAAGGAAUGGAGAAUCCGGUCUGGAUGGGCCGUAUGGAGAUCCUGGUGCUCCCGGGUUCCCCGGACCUACUGGAUCACAAGGUCGGUCUGGUAAAGCCGGGCCACAGGGCCUCCCCGGUUCUGCGCCCCGCAGCAGGAGUAUCGGCUACACCCUGGUGAAGCACAGUCAGAGCAGCCAGGUGCCCAUGUGCCCGCAGGGGAUGACCAGGCUCUGGGACGGAUACAGUCUGCUUUACGUAGAGGGGCAGGAGAAGGCUCACAACCAGGACCUCGGCUUGGCAGGCUCCUGUCUUCCCCGCUUCAACACUGUCCCCUUCCUGUACUGUACGCCCAACGAGAUCUGCUACUACGCCAGCCGCAACGACAAGUCCUAUUGGCUGUCCACCACGGCGCCCAUUCCCAUGAUGCCGGUGGGCGAGGAGGCCAUCAGCCAGUACAUCAGCAGGUGCUCCGUGUGCGAGGCCUACUCGCAGGCCGUGGCUGUCCACUCCCAGGACCUCAGCAUCCCCACCUGCCCAGCUGGCUGGCGCUCUCUCUGGAUUGGUUACUCCUUCCUCAUGCACACCGCAGCCGGGGCUGAGGGUGGCGGACAGUCCUUGGUCUCGCCUGGGUCCUGCCUGGAGGAUUUCCGUGCCACGCCCUUCAUCGAGUGUAACGGGGCUAAGGGAACGUGUCACUACUUUGCCAACAAGUACAGCUUCUGGCUGACCACGGUGGAACCCAACCGGGAGUUUGACCCCCCGCCCAUGGACACGCUGAAGGGGGUCAACCAGCGCAGCCGGGUCAGCCGCUGCCAAGUAUGCAGCAAGAUCUUGUAGCCGAGGGAGGAGUUGAGUCGACGGCGGGAAACGCAAGAGUACAUGAAAAACAGAGGGACUGUAAAAAAACGUAGGAAAGAAAAUAAGACAGACGGAGGAAAUGAAAUAAUACAAAACAAAGACUUCGACCGACCGACUGGUCAGACCGACCCCUCCCUGCCUCGACAAGGUCUCACUAGGGGUGUUGGGGGAUCCUGGAGGGGGCCGAUUCUGUGAGUUUGGGAGGCCCCUCAUAUUGUUGCGAGACAGAGAUGUAGAGUGAGAGAUGGGGGAGGGGCUCUUGGAUUUGAUUUCCCGUUCACUAGAAUAUUGCUGAUAAGUGGUGCUAUCCUGUAUUUCUUUUCUUUGUCUUAAUUUUAGUGUCUUUUCUCUUGUUACUAUGGUUAUGUGUCACGGCUACCGAGGAGAGUGCAACUCCCCAAAAUCACCCAUUUGGACCUCAUGCACUCAUCAGCUUUGACCCCCUACGCUCACUGUUGCCAAGACUGGCGUGAAGUUCCGAGGUCCCUAAUCGCUUUCUAUGCUCAGUGUUUUAAGAUAUCCGCUUAUCUGGAACCUGAUAGGUUCUUUUAUGGUGCUAUCCUACCCUGGGACACAACUUCACAACAGUUUGGAAAAAGGUGAAUUCAGCACUAAAAUAUUAGUGUGAAUUGCACAGAUAGUGCCGGUAACAUCCCCCCAACAAGGCGUGUUUUUACAACAAGGCGUGUUUUUACAACAAGGCAUGUUUUACAACAAGGCAUGUUUUUGAUCGAUAGACCUAUGAGUUCAUCUCUGUAUGAGAAUGUAUUGCACUGAUGUGAAUUUCGAUCAUUUCUAUAACUGUCCCAAUACUUGCUCUCAGUAAGUAUUGGGACAGUGAAGCAUUUUUUCGUUUUACUUUUAACAGUUACUAUUCUUGAUAUGUUUAACAGUUUCUAUUAGGAUAAAAUAUAGUUUUCAGCUUUUCUUGCAUAUGUGAGUAUGUGUUGGUUUCGCCAUUUAGAAAUGAUAACACAUUUUAUACAUGGGGCAUUUCAUGGCAGAUUCAUAUAAUGUCCAAAUGAAGCACUUUUGUUUAGUAAUAAUUCUCCAAACUGUUGUUUUUAGUAUGUCUAAGGUUUUGGUUAUAUUUCCAUAUUACAAUAUCUGGUUCUCAUGAUGACAUUGUUAGUUUCGGCAGCUAUUUUAGAUUAAAUCAUAGAUGCAUUUUACUUUUUUACUUUCAGUCAUAUUUUUGUCAUUUUGAGCCUUCUUAGUUUUAGUGUACUUUCAGUCAACUAUUAUUCAGGUAAUUUUAGUCCUGUAUUUUAGUCCUAUAUUUUCCUUCCAACAGGACAGUUGCAUAAAAUGCUUUCCUUCUCUUUUCAGGGCCAGGGACCCCUGGCUUCAUAUUUGAUCAUUUCUGUUUUCUAACCAAAACUAAUUCAAACAGGCUAAAACAAGUAUUGGGACAAGCCGACAGGUUAUGCAAGUAUCCUUUUACUUCAGUUUAAAGCAGCUCUUGCACCUGUGAAAGAAAAUGAUUCCUCAGUCAAGACAAAACAAAACGAUAUACAGUAAUAGAGUAAGUGUUAUGAAUCGCUUGUUGUUGCUGCAAUUUCCUUAGUAUCAACAUAGACAAUAAAUAAUCCACUGUGCCACUUUAACCCCACAUCAACUAGCUGUAUGCAGCUAACUUUAAAGUUAUCAUUUUCAUAGCUAGUUUACUAGUGACAACUCACGUAAUCCUGAAAUAGUUACUAGUGACAACUCCUGUAAUCCUGAAAUAGUACUCCAUGAAAUAGUUACUAGUGACAACUCCCGUAAUGCUGAAAUAGUACUCCAUGAAAUAGUUACUAGUGACAACUCCCGUAAUCCUGAAAUAGUACUCCAUGAAAUAGGGUGAUAAUGGGAAAAAACGGGUUGUCAUUUUCUAAAUGGUUAAAUCAUGUACACAUACUCUGAAAUAAAAGCUGAGAAUCUGUAACGAUCUUUAAUCUUUAAUAAAAAAAAUUAAUUUAAAAUUCAAUUAGUUGGAGCUUAGAGCCUAAUGAAAAAAAUACUGUGUGUCUAUGCAGGUAAAGAUCUCACACUUUUCUAAUGGGUAAAGUUUGAGCCGACAUUUCAAUUUCCUUAAUUUUUUUGCUACAUUUUUAGCUUUGUCCACAAAUAGUAAUAAAGGACAAUUCCUCAACAUUAUUUGGAUACGAAUGAAAAGAAAAGGAACUUUUAAAAGUGAGACUUCAUCAGGCAGUUACUUUAAAGUGGUUUUGUAGUUAUUUAGAACCCUCACGUCAAAGGUUCCACAUAUCUGUCUACUGUAAUAUAACGCCUGUUUCCCUCACACUCCCGCUACAUACUCACCUCUAUGUUUAGUGACCAAAAUAGGGAUUUAUUUAAAAGAAAAUACAACUCCACAAUAACGGCCUAUGACAACAUCAAACAUACACCAAACUUCUUGUAUAAUAUUUGCUGUUAUAUUUGUAGCUUACUGUACAUUUUAUCAGUGCAAAUUUUAAGGCCUUCUGAUGUUACUGUUGUAUUGGCUUUCCUCAGGUCCUGUAAAACCAAUGAACACACUCCAGAGCAUCUACCAAACAGACGCCUGCCACAUCAAUUAGUUAGAUAGGCGAUUACCGUGUCAUCUAACCACACCGUACCGUGAAGUCAGGGCCGGCUCCAGGCAUAAGCGACAGAAGGGCUCGCUUAAGGCCCCUGACCGCAAGGGGGCCUCCGACUGCUAGGGAGCCCCUGAACGAUAGGGGAGGGGUGGCCCCAAAUGAAAUUUUACUUUGGGGUGGCCCCAAAAGGAUAGAGCCGGUACUGCAUCAAUGAAUAUGUUGCCUGACUACACGGUCCAUUGCAGUGGCACACAACCAUUGCCUGUGAAGCCUGCAAUAUAGGUGCCCCCGGAAUGCGUCCAUUGUUGUUGGACUGAAGGUUAAGGUCCUGGGUGACUUGUAACCACUAUGACCACUAUGUGCAACACAGGACCAUCUCUCUUUGGUAGCCCUGAGUACAUUUUUCUCAUUUUCCCCACAAUUUGUGUUGUUUUGUCUUUAAUCUAGAUUGUAUAUUAUUUUUACUUCACUCUAUGUAAACCCUAGUUCAGAGGUUAUUUACAAAAAUAAUGUGGGGAGGCUGAUCUGUAUAUUCAAUGAUAGUACAAAAAUAACAAGGUUAGGAAACGUGUUAUGUUGAAAUACAUUUCUAUGUUUAUUUUCACAGACACGAAAGGAUAAAGACAUUUUGUAUUUUUGUUGUUUUGACACAUUUUACACAUAUAACAGCAACUUAAGUGUAAGUGCUUACAAUGAUUAUGCAGUUGUGCUACAUUUUCCUCAAAGAGGAUGGACGGAAUUGGUCUGAAAUGUGUAUUUUUGUGUUAACGCUGAAAUAAAGUAUUAAAACUCA